AUGGGUUUACACGGUACCGUACUUAUACACUAUAGAAUGACAGAAUCUGUUACAGAACAAAACAAGAAAUCAACCUGGGAUUCUGGAAGAUCUACAAGAUUUAAUCAGGAUGCUCAAAGACAAGAAGAUCAUAGAAGAAUGAAACAGAUAUGUUUAUUUUUAACCAAGUUAAGAUUAAAUACUGAUAAGUCUGAGAAACCAGCUCGUAAAGAAGUCAGUUAUCCUGGUGGAUUAUUCUGUAGAAUUGAAGCUCAAUGGAAGGCUGCGAAUGCUCCUCAAACUAAAUCAAUCUCCAAUCAACCUAGGCCUAAAAUGAGACUAUCAAGUUUGAGAUCUGGUAUAUUGUGA